AUGUCAUAUUACAACAGAUACAGGAAUAAGAAGAAGUUCGAUGCCGGUGGUGGAAGUUCUGGGAGUGCUGGUGGGAACGCUGGUGGUCUGGCUCCCGCAGAUGCAGUCUUCGAUCUGGGGAAGAACAAGCGGGUCACAGUGAGACAGUUUAGAAAUGUCAAUUUGAUCGAUAUUCGUGAGUACUACAUGGAUACGUCCACUGGCGAGAUGAAGCCCGGGAAAAAGGGUAUAUCUCUGACAGAGGAUCUGUACGACGAAUUGCUGAAACAUAGACUGAAUAUUGAUGAAGCCCUCAGGAGGUUUGGUUCCAAGAGACCGAGAACAAAGACUGUACGUUUGCUGUCGGAUGACGAAGAUGAUUCUACCAGUCAGACUGACAUGAAAGAGACUGAUCCUGCGUCUAAGAGUAACGAUGAUGACGAACAAUCUUCACGUCGUAAGAAGAAGAAACCAGCACCACCAACUUUGCUGCCUCAAGAGGCGAAAAGACAGAACGAUGAGAGAGAGGCCAACGCUGUUCUUGUGGUUCCCGGAGUCGCCAAGAAAUCUGUUGAAAAGAACCCUGAGCUCAAGACUGAGGAAGAAGUAAAUGCAAGUGAUGAAGAAUUUGUACAGAAUCUUGAAGCGGAGAUGAAUCGUCCAGACGACGACGUUUCUGAGGAGGAGUGA